UACGGGUCUAUUUAUUGUUAUCGCCCCUGGAAGUGUGCCCUGUCUCUAGUGUGCUCUCCCUUCGAGGCAGGGCGGAGCCGUGGUAGCAAAUUCGGGUCUGAAUAGCGUCCCCAUUCCAAACAGAAAAAAAUUGCUACUGAGUUGUCUCGCUGAAGGGGACACCACGAUGCGGGGGCAAGCUUGCCCCCUCCGAUUAAUAAAAGGAGGGCGUGUCUCUAAGUCGGAUAUCUCGUUUUCUGUACUGUCUCCGGUAGAAGAGCCCCAAAGCCACAACGUCCGGUUUAAAUUCAAAUUGCUAGCUACUAGCUAGCUAGCUAAAAACAACAAAGACCGAUUAACCAGCUGUCGACUUUGAUGAGAUUAAACAAUAUCUGAUCAAUUCCUAGACAGUACCACCUAAGAGAGGAUUUUACUAAGUUGGAAGCCCUCAGUAGUUUGCAAGUACUCAUAGAAGGUGAGUUGGAUAUAAGGAAGGAGCCAGGUUUAGAGAAAACAGAUGAAAGAAGAGCCUACAAUGUCAGAAGAAGGGGCAACAGUGUCGGAAGAAGGGGCAACAGUAUCAGAAGAAGGGGCAACAGUAUCGGAAGAAGGGGCAACAAUGUCGGAAGAAGUUGCAACAAUGUCAGAAGAAGAAGCAACAGUGUCAGAGGAUGGGGCCACAAUGUCGGAAGGACAGAUAGAUGCUGCUGGUAGUGAAGAGUCAGGUGAAGCCUUGUCUAAUGGCAGCCCCAUACCAUCUAAGAAGGGAAGGGGUAGGCCUAAAGGAUCAGGCUCCAAGAAACCGAAGAUACUUAAGGUACUAGACAAGAGGCCACGGGGGAGGCCACGCAAAGUUGUUGAUCCUGAUGUGGUUGAGCCUGAUGAUGUUUCUGAAAAGACAACUGCGCCCUUGAAGCGUGGUCGGCCCAAAAAAGUUCAACAACCGAAGAAAAGAGGUAGGCCGCGAAAGACCCCGCUGUCACCCGAUGAGGAGGGAAAGAAACCUAAAAGCCAACAUAAGGGAUCUAGAGAAUGGAAACCAUUAGGAAGGCCACGCAUCCAUCCUCGUGUGGAUGCACCAGCCAAACCCACCUCUACUGAGCCACGGGGAAGAGGCCGUCCACGCAAGGCAAUAACAGACAAAGGUGACCUCAUACGAAAGAACCCACCUCCAACCCCUAAAGUUUCUAAGCCCCCCACUAAAGAGGCUUCCGCACGAAAGAGGGGACGACCCUUAGGUGCAGUCCAAGCCAAGGGUGCAGAAGAGAAGGAUAGAUCUAACAGCAUACCCCCAGCCAAACGGGGGUGCAAUGUUUCUCCAAUAGUAAGGCUUUACCGCUGUUCUAAUGGUAAAGCAAAUGUGUUAGAUGAAGCAGCUUCCCAAGCCCAGAGGCAAAGAGGCAGGAGAAAGACUGUGAAAGUAGAUUAUACAACUCAUGAUUCAGAGGAGGAGAAAGUUGAAGAUGCAGAGAAAAAAUGAGGAUGAAGACUCUUCUCCAGUGGAAGAUGAAGGGGAAGUGAAAGUGCAUGGUGGUAUUCGCAAAAAGAAGGUGGCGGUUGCUCCUAAGAGGCGGGGCAGGAAGCCUGGCUCUAGCAAAAAGGUUGUAAAGUAAAGGUAACCUAGGUAGAGCAAUCUAAAUGAGACAACAUACCUUGUUGUCAGGGAACACAAAAUAUCAGAAGCAUCUUGUAGGAUGAACUGACAUGUUUUUAAAAUUUUAUUACUGGGAUGGCACUAAGCUAUUACCCUUUUUUGUUUCUCAACUAACAUACGUGUCUAUUUGCUCUUGCUAUUAUUUGUGAUGGUUUAAUGCCUUUGUGAAAACCAUGUGGAUUUUUUUUUACCCUUUUGUACAUUCCUUAUCCAUAGCUCAAAUUAUGAGAAUUCAGUGGACAGUUGUUAAUCUCGUAUUUGUCUGUGCAGACUUAUCCUGUUUUACUUUUUCUCCUCUACUGACAUUGAUAAUGCUUCUAAUUCCAUGCUCAUAUAUAGUCUAGUUGAUAAUACUGGCAUUGAGCUUUUCUCUAGAUUUUGUUUUUUGUUCUCUUCCCAAAAUAUUAUGAUGUGGGAAAGAUCCAGAAGGUAUAAAUCAGCUGCCUGAUUACAUUUGAUAUAGGUUAAGCAAAGUAGCUAAAAUUGAUUCAAUCCAUUCAAUCAGUAUUAAUUAUUAUUUUUUAUAAAUUUUUAUUGCUAAUGUCUUGUACAUUUAUUUGCCUAAAUUUCCAUUCCCCAUCCCACCCAUUUUAUUCCACUGUCUCAGUGUUAGUCACUCAGUUUCAUUUGUCCCAAAUAUGGCCUAUUCUUAUUGUAGUGUACUAAUAUUGACCAGUGCCCAACUGUCACACCUUUUCCAAUAAAGUGUAAUAAAGUACUACGCUCUAAAGGGAACAGUGCGCCACUUUAGACAGUUAAUAUAGUUGUACUUUUACUAAGUUCAUUGAAUAUUUCACCUUCUGGAGCAAAAACUAAACUUCUAAUCCAUCAUCCCUAAGAUUUCCCCCAGCAGUUAUAUUGCGAUCUGCAAUUUUCACAUGAACAUUUUUUUUUGUCAUUUGGCUUUUAUCGGAGUGGGUGGCUUGGUUUCGCAGACUACUUGUAAAGUUGUGUGUAAAUGUUUUUUAAGCUUGCAUGUAUAUUUACCUUGUCAUUAUUUCUGUGCCUGGUCAUGAUAUUCGUUCAUACAAACUUGGUCAUUCAUGUUAUACCAAAAUGGUUGUUUUUAAUACACAGGAAAAUCUAUAAUUUUCUUGUAUUGUAUGAAUCCAAGUUCCUGUAACCAAAGUUUCAUGAUUUCAAAUUGGUUUGUUUUUAUGAUUACUUGGAUUUUUUUCCAUUGUUUGACUUUUAGUGAUAGAACUAGUUAUACAGAUAAAUGCAUACUGUGUAUCUGAGAACCAGGUCUGUGAAACCAACCCAACAUUAAUUUGAGGCUAAUGUGAAUUUUAUUUUUGUUUAGAGCAAUUAUUUAGAACAUUUAGUGUAGUUGUGAAAUAUCAAACUUUGUUUUAUUUGUUGAUGUUUUUUAAUCUCAAUAAAAAAUAAAAUGUUA